GGAGGGAGGUUCUUCCCAUGUGACAUAAGUGGGAUGCUGCAGCCACUUUUGGGGUUCCCUGGCAGGUUUCCUGUGUCUUUUAACAACCGUCUGGCAGGCCGGCUUUUAUUCCGAUGGAGAGAAAAUCCAAUUUGCUACAAGGAGAAAGGAAAGAACGUGGGGGCUUUGAGACCUUGCCUAUUUACAGAUUCAGGAAGAAAUUAGUGGAAGCUGUUCGUGACAACGCGUUUCUUGUGGUGACUGGUGAGACAGGGAGUGGCAAAACCACUCAGCUCCCGAAAUAUUUAUUCCAAGAAGGGUUUGCCAAGCAUGGCCUGAUCGGUGUGACGCAACCACGGCGAGUGGCUGCCACGUCUGUGGCACAGCGAGUAGCAGAAGAGGUGAACUGUCCUCUAGGCAGCAUCGUGGGGUAUCAGGUUCGCUUUGAUGAAUGCGUUUCGGAGGAGACCUCGAUCAAGUAUAUGACUGACGGCUGUUUGCUGAGGCAGAUAUUGGCAGACCCACACCUUUCCAAAUACAGCGUUGUUAUCCUCGAUGAAGCCCACGAGCGGAGCUUGAGCACGGACAUCCUGUUUGGCUUGCUGAAGCAAAUGUUCCUUGAGAAGAAACCCCCUGACCGAAAGAAGCCUCUCAAGGUGGUGAUAAUGUCGGCCACCUUAGACACUGGCAAGUUUUCUGAGUUCUUCGGUGGCUGCUUGGUGGUGGAUAUCCCAGGAAGGAGCUACCCGGUGAAGGAGAUAUUCUGUGACCUUUUGGGCCAGAGGGAUGCCGAAAGCUCUGCAUAUGUGACAGAGACAGUAAACGUGACCUUGGACAUCCACUUGAACAGCUUGGCUGGUGACAUCUUGGUUUUUCUGACGGGUCAGUCUGAGAUUGAGAGGGCCUGCCGGCUCCUGUUCCAGAAGGCCGAGGCCAUCAACUACCGUCUUGACGUCAAAGACUGCUCAGUCAGUGGCCUCCUCCUGCUGCCGUUGUAUGGCUCGAUGCCAACAGAUCAGCAGAGGAGAAUAUUUCUCCCUUCUCCCCCAGGUAUCAGAAAAUGCGUGGUGGCCACAAACAUCGCAGCCACAUCCCUGACUAUUGAUGGAAUCAGGUACGUGGUUGACAGUGGUUUUGUGAAGCAAGUAAACCAUAACCCGAGAGUGGGCUUGGACACGUUGGAGGUGGUCCCCAUUUCCAAGAGCGAAGCAUUACAACGGGCAGGCCGAGCUGGCAGAACGGUGUCUGGGAAAUGCUAUCGGGUAUACAGCAAGAAAUUCUGGGAUCAGUGCAUGCCGGACCACAUGGUCCCAGAGAUUCAACGAACCAGCUUGACAUCUGUGAUCCUCACCUUGAAGUGCCUCGCUAUACACAAUGUGAUAAGGUUUCCAUAUUUGGACCGUCCAGAAGAGAGACGCAUCCUAGAAGCCCUGAAGCAGCUUUAUCAAUGCAGUGCCAUUGACAGGAGAGGCCAUGUGACCAAACUUGGCGAGUUCAUGGUGCAAUUUCCCCUCCCUCCAACCUUAACUUGUGCUGUUCUAAAGUCCAUUUCUCUGGGCUGCGAAGACCUGCUCCUCCCAAUUGCCGCCAUGUUGUCAGUAGAAAAAGUUUUCAUUCGACCAGGAGAUCCGCAGAGACGGGAGGAAGCUGAGCUCCGGCACCAGGAGCUGUCUUCGCAAGCAGGGGGAUGCAAUGACUUUGCAACACUUCUGAACAUCUUUGAACAGUGCAAGGCGAGCCAAUCGCCUUCAGGGUGGUGUCAGGAAAACUGGAUCCACUGGAGAGCUUUGAAACUAGCAUUCAAUGUGGAACAGCAGCUUCAGGAAAUUGCGGGUAAACUUAAGCAGCGUCCAGACUUUCCAAAAGAACGUUUUGACGGCUCCAGAAAUGAGAUCUUGAGACAAUGCCUGUGCGCAGGAUAUUUUGCCAAUGUUGCCCGAAGGUCCAUAGGGAAGUCGUUCUGCACCAUGGAUGGCCAUGGCAGUACAGUCUACGUUCAUCCUUCAUCUGCGCUUCGUGAUCAGGAAGCCCAGCUGGAGUGGAUCAUCUUCCAUGAUGUCCUUGUGACCUCCAAGGUUUAUGUGAGGACGGUGUGUCCUGUCCGCUAUGAGUGGGUAAAGGACUUGCUGCCCAGGCUCCACCAAAUCGAUGCUUAUGAGCUGAGCAGCAUGGCGCGGGAGGAAGUGACCGAGGGCGAGCUGGCCCACUGGAAGCAGAAAGAGGACCUCAUGAGACAAAAUGAAAGUACAAGAAACGAAUCAAAGAAGAUGGAGAGGAGAAACGAUGACCAGUCGAUACUGGAUGCUCGGACGCGGUACCUGGAGAGGAAGCGACAGAGGAUGCAGGGUUCGGAUGCCAUUUGGAAGGAAACAAGCUAGGAGUCUCUGUGCCCCUGUUGGAGUGCUUAGAAUAGAGAUUCAACAGUUAAAAACCAUAAGGUGCCAGGACCAUCAUCUGAUUUCUCCAUAGACGUGGGUGACUGUGUUCUGGUCUUGUGAUCCUCUUGGGCACAGAACCAGUACAGGAGGUGACUUUGAGGUAUCUGCUGUCGACAACUUGGCGUUCUGUGUGCAAGACUGAGACACCUCUGCAAGGAAUUCCUCUGGUUGGAUGCUGCACAAUAGGUGGCAGCCAGCUAUGUGCCCCAGAGCCAGAAGUGAAAGUUUCAGAAAGAGGAAGCCAGAAUGCAGGCACAUCUGAGGCCUGGGUCACAUAGGCAGGGGAAAUGAAGUGGAAGGAUGGCCUGCAGGUGGAAGGUCACCUUCAGAAUGCUUCUGUCUGUUAAACUCCCUGCAAACAGAAAAGCAGCUCAACAAGCAAGGGGGGAGGGUGAAACUUUUUGUCCUGCUGUGCUAGCUUUCUAUUUGCAUGGGGUUUCUUAUGCAAAGGAAUACUCAAACCCUAGCAUCACCCACCUGCAGACUGAAGUGAUGUGACCCAUUAUUCCAUCUCAUUCUUCAGACUGGAACCAUUGCUUGACCUCAAGAGGGGGAGAGUGGAGCAGUGGCACUGUAUACAGGACUUUGAGGUUAUAGCCACUAGAUCGAGGGGCUGAGGCUGGCCUGGAUGAAUUAAUCUUUGCUGUCACCCCUUUGUCCUCAUGGGACAGCAAGGUCCUAAGGCACUCAGUAAGCUUCUGAGACUCCUGCAAACAUCUUGCAAUCAAUGCUGCAAGUAAAAUUUGGUCCGCCUGUCAUGGCUAUGAUCUCUAGGGGUUGUAAUUCUGAAAGGGAGCCCUGGAAUACCCAUUGAGGCAUGUUCUUCAAAAAAGAAAACCAACCUGGAAACUGGUAACCAAAUAAAUGGUAGGGUUGUUGGGAAGGUCACCUCCACGAACCCUGAUGUAUUUUCUGACUUUAAAAUAAUUAUUUUUGAAACAAAUUAAUUGAUGCUUCUUUCUGCAUUUAUGCAUCUGUCAAUGUUUCCCUGGAUGGGCAAUCCUUUGAAAUGGCAGGCUGCUGCAUUACAUUUUUUCUUCAUGGUGCUAGGGUGUGUGACACACCCCAGAGUAUUUUUCUGAAACCAGUACUCUUGAAUUGUAAAUUACCUUUUUCUUAAAAAUGGAUUUUUUCCAGAUUUGCUAUAAAUUUGUGAUAGCUCAAAUUGAGCUCUUUGUUUGCCUCUGUUAUCCAUGUAGGGAAUGUUUCUGGGUGGACUGGAGAGCAGUCUUGGCAUUUCCAUGCAAAUACAUUUUUUAAAAAGAAGUCCCACAAUAUUUAAUUUAAAGUCUGUUAAUGCCCUUUAAAUUAUAGUAAAAGAUUGAGAAAGAAGUAGCAUAUUAAAAGAACCUCACAUUAAUAAAUUUGGUAUAUAUUUGUAUGCAACUGUAUCUGCUUGGAUUCCUCCCUUGUUAUCCUCUGACCCUCUUAUUUAAGUCUAGACUGUAAGCCCUUUGGGGUAGAGACCUGUUUCAUUUUGUUCUCUGCAAAACCCCAUGGAUGCUGAUGCAACUAUAUUAAAUGAUAAUACAUUUAAACAUUAUGUCUCAAAGAAAAAAUUUCAGCUUAUUAGUAAGACACUGGCCCUACAUUUUUGAGGGAAAAAUUAAAUGCGUCUGUCUUUCCAGUGAACAUAUUUUAUCUAAAGGGUGCUUUUUACAGCCUGAUUCUGUGCAUCCUUUAUUAAGGAGGAACUGAUUUCAAAGGGUCUGAGCCAAGGUAUGAAAAUGUCUUAUUGAGUGCAAUGGAGUUUAUUUAUUGCCAAGGAACUACAUUUAGCUGAUUAUGUCUUCAUUCUCUAGGAGGCACAGAAUGUCAAAAACAGUUGAACGUCUGUGUGUGUGAUUGCAUUUGUUUUUUUUGAUGUGUUUGCUGUUUUA